CUGAACGAGCGGAAAAAGGUGGCAAGGGAGAGUCUCCUAUUUCUCAGGGGAGAAAUACCUCUAGUGCCUCUGCAGAAGUGUGCGCCGGAGAUGGUAGAAAGCCAAACAAACAUCGCGCAGCGAAACCUAGAACAUGCCACGACGGAACUGAUGACCCAGCUUCGUACUUGUCUGGAGGAAAGCGUAUUACGAAAAAACCUUGGUGGAAUUGGAAAUGGCGAAAGUAGCGGAGCCGGAGGAAAGGAAGUUGCAGUCGUGGGUCACCUAGCACAACAACAAUCAUCAAGUUUUUCAUCUUCGUCAACAUCCCAACGUGAAAAUUCAACUUGUUUAGCACCCUCACAAGAAGCAUCAAACAGUCAGGCAGCUACUAGUGCUGCCUUAGCCGCGACGCUCGCUAACCGAAGAAAUCUGCGCUCUUCAACCGCACUCAAAAAAGAACUAGAG